UAUCUCCGAAGAAAUGGAGGCAAAGGUGUUGGAGCUAAUGUGCUUACCUCCACCGCCAUUAUCAACUCACUCUGCUGUCCUCGCAAGGCUUCCAGUACUUCCAUACCCGUCUCUUUUCAAGCCCAAAUACUCAACCCACUCAGUUCUGAGGAGGAGCGCGAGUAUGGAUGAGCCGCUCAUGGAUGGGCUUCCCAAGGAGUAUUAUGAUGAUGAAUGGCAAGCCAAGCAGCGUGAAAAGACAAAGGAGUUGCAUCGAAGACGUCAAGCUGAAGAGGAAGAAGAGGAAAGAAAGGUCGAGGAGUAUCGUGAAAUUGGCAUGCGCUUGAAGGGGUAUCCAGAAGAAGAUGUCAAAAAAGCACGGAGACUGGUUUCGAGCUUCAUCCUAGCUGCUGAAGAAGUGGAAGAGAAAAUUGAGGAAGCUGCAGAGAAAGGAGAACUCACUGAACUUGUUCUAAUGGUCAUAUGGAACCGCCGUGAUCUUGCUCGACGUGAUGAAGAAAAGGAUGCUAUAAGAAGUCUUGAUCUGUUAUACAGAAGGGUUGAGACUGAGAUUUUGAAAAGGGAGGCUACUCCUGCCAUGAGACUGCUCAACGAUCUUUUGAUUAUGCAUGAUGGGUUUGAUGAUGAAGGCUGGCUGAAAGAAUGCAAAAAACACAUGAUUGAUAGCUUUCCAAGAGAAGAUCCAUUUAGCAUUCUUGUUCCUGCAGGACUUGACAUUGAUAAGCAUCGAGGGCCAUUUCGACCUCCACUUGAGGCUGAUGAUACACUUUUAAGGGUAGACUUUGUUAGAGAGGUUGAUGCAUUGCUACAAGAGGUAAAGUCUGAACAAAGUGAAGCACAGAAUGCACAAGGGCUUGAUCCUGAAUCUGUUGCAAGUAGGUUGAAGCAACAGGAGAAACAAAAAACCAUUCGCCAAGUAGAAGCUCUGCUAGACCUGGCUAUAAAUUUGAAAUGGUAGCCAUCCAUACUAUGUCCCUUCUGUGGCCAAUUCCCCUUGUAGGAGAGAGGCUGGGGUUUUUUGGAAUCCCAAUUUUGCCAUUUGGUUCACCUCUAGUUGGUUCUAUGAUAAAGACUUUCGACCAAAUUAGUUUGAUGAAGCAUUUGUAUCUAUAUUUUGAACUUUCUACUCCUAUUAAGGUUAAUAUGUAAAAAAGUAUGUUUUGCGCACUA